CAGCAGGGCCUCAGAAGUCGGAGCUCGUGGAGAGCACGUGAAUGCAGCAUAGUUGGACGGGACUGAGAGGAGAGAAAAGAAAAGGGCAAGGAAGGGACCUGUGAUAAAUUCAGCCUCGCAGUCUUGGCGCCAAUCCGGUUUAAAGAGAACAAAAACUGCUCAUUUUUCAUUGACGUUUGAAUCAAAUUUGCGCUUUACUGCUGCCUCUCUCGCGGCCGUCGCGCGGUGCUAAUAGCCAGCUAGCCUCGUUAGCACACUAUCUAUCAUUGUCAUAUUAAUCUGGCCCCCUUCUCUCUGUCUGACGAUACUAAUAACUCAGCAACAGUGAAACACGGGGACAAUAGAGGUGUGUUUCUCCCGGGAUCGAUAAGACACAACUGCAAAAUGGGGAGGAAGUCCAACAAAGCAAAGGAGAAGAAAGCCCGGCGCCAAGAAGAGAGGGCAGCUAUGGAUGCCGUGUGUGCCAAGGUGGACGCAGCCAACAAGCUUGAUGACCCACUGGCUGCCUUCCCAGCCUUCAAAAAGUACGACAGAAAUGGGCUGAACCUGCAGAUAGAGUGUAAGAGAGUGACCACCCUCAACCCGCUGUCUGUGGAGUGGGCCUUCGAACUCACCAGAGCCAACAUGCAGACACUGUAUGAGCAGAGCGAGUGGGGGUGGAAGGAGAGGGAAAAAAGGGAUGAGAUGAACGACGAGAGGGCGUGGUAUCUACUGGCCCGUGACGGAGACUCCGCCCCUGUGGCCUUCUCUCACUUCCGAUUCGACGUGGAGUGCGGGGAGGAGGUUUUAUAUUGCUAUGAGGUGCAGUUAGAGAGCAGAGUGCGGAGGAAAGGACUCGGAAAGUUCCUCAUCCAGAUACUACAGCUCAUCGCUAACAGUACACAGAUGAAGAAAGUGAUGUUGACAGUUUUCAAACACAACCACGGUGCUUACCAGUUCUUCAGAGAAGCUUUACAGUUUGAGAUCGACGAGACAUCGCCAAGCAUGUCCGGUUGCUGUGGCGACGACUGCUCUUACGAGAUCCUCAGCCGGCGGACCAAACACGGCGAGGCCUCGGUGGGACACACCCACGGGGGCGGGCACUGCGGGGGCUGCUGCCACUGAUCCCGCUUCAGUUCCACUUUUUUCUGAUUGGUUAAAAGCCAGCAACUUUCAUGGCUGUGUGUGAAAGCUUGAGCUGCCUGCUACUCUGCAAGCGUUUUGAGUUUGACCGGCUGUAGAGUGCCGUUAAAAAUGAACCGAUGGUGGAAUAUCUGGCUUCAGAUAUUGGUGUCACAUUAUGGAUUGAGAUUUGUGUGUUUUUCUUUUCUUUUUGUGUAUUCCUGCUACAAAAGCAGUAUGCAGUGUGAGCUUUCACACAUGGCUCCUGUACUUUCUUUCUUUCUUCUUGGUUCAUUGUCCACACCAUCUUUUCUCAUUCUCUCAUCCCAGUUAAUGACAAUUAGUAGUUCCCAGUCAAGAAAAAACUAAGCUGACAUUUUCUAUGAAGCUCAUCCCGCCCUGCUCUCAUCUAACGUGCUGUUCUGUAUUCAAUCAUUCUGCAGCGUUACCUAAACUAUGGCUUGGGACCUGGCCUAAGGCUGUAUUAUAGAAACUUACUACCUCAAUACUUUACAGUACAUUUUUCUAAGUAAAUCAUGCCUUCACUCAAACGUACAUGUAAUCUAAACAGACUACAAGAGUUAGUCAGUUUCUGUUCUACAGCCCCGGAUUUCUUUUGGGACCUGUACCAGCUUGUUUCACUGAGCCGGGGUCCCAGGAUUAGGCUGAACGUAGACACAUUUGGGUCCCAGAAGAAACGGCUGCCCGGCUGUAAUAUCACCUGUAAGAAAAGCACUGCAGCAACUGCACAUCCGCCCGUUUACCAGAUUACAAUUCACUCUUAGCACCACCCAUCUUUUCCAUUCAGGUGGUUUACAGCAGCUCCCCUGCUUUUAAUUUUUUAUAACUUAUGAGACAAGUCCAAGAUUGCCCUUUUCUUUAUUAAGCGUCCUCGUCGUCCCCAGGGAGUCAAACAUCUUUCAUCUGUUGCUGUCAAUCUGCAUCCAGCCCAGAAAACAAUCUCAGUUUGCUCAUUCAGAUGUUCCACUUGCUUUAACAGCCAUAUUUCCUUAUCAGAGGUCACAAACUGUUUUCUCCUUCGCUGAAGACAUCGCUCUUAUUUUCACCGUUUCUUUCUUCCCACCAUCUUUGUCCUGUUCCCAUGCUCACAGGUUCACCCACGCUCCACGUCUGUAAAACUGCAUCCUCCUUUCCUUUCUCUCGUUCUUUCUGCCUCUCGUUCUCCCUCCAUCCGAACAAUGACUGCAGACGUAUUCACGUUGCUCAUCUUUAGUCAACUUUGUACAAUUUGCGUCCCUCCUGCUCACCUCUUAGUUCCCUUUGUUUCCAAGAGGUACUAAUGAUAAACAAGUGGAUGUUGAUGCUACUUUUUUUUUUUUAGCUGUAUUUAAAAAAGAAAAAUCCUAAAACCAUCCUCCAUCUCUUCUCUUACAUAUUUUGUUAGCAUGAGCAAAUCAUAUUGAUUUAACAUGGAGGAGGAUUGGUAAAAGUCACCAUUUCAUAAUGUGGCCGUCUGAAGCUGAAUGCUCUUGGAGGAGGGAACAUGGAUUAGAUGGAUGAUGGAAGUAAUUGCAGAGAUCUGAAAGUGUUUUUUAAUGGCCGUUAUUUCUUCUCCUCAGUCGCCACCUGUUUCCCAGCCCACUCAUUGGAAAUGUUAGUAAAUCAUGAUUGAUGAACCGCGAUGCUGCUUCAAGCUGCGGGUGCGUCUAUUAGCAUUACUUUAAUAUUUCAUACAAAUCUUCUAUAAACAUCAUGCAUGUUUAAAGUUUGUGACAGGGGCUGCAACUAAUGAUUGUUUUCAUUAACGAUUAAUCUGCUGAUUAUUUUCUAGAUUCACUGUUAGGUCUAUAAAAUGUGAGAAAAUAGUCAAAGGAAAAAGUCCAAGGUGAUGUCUUUAAAUGUCUUGUUUUGUGAGUCCAAAGACAUUCACUUUAAUGUGAUAUGAAAGCAGAAAAUCUUCAUAUUUUGGAGGCUGAAAACAUUUAAAUCUAAAGAUUAAUCAAUAAUCAAAUUAGUUGGCGACUAUUUUCUGUAUCAAUUUGACGAAUCGUUGCAGCUCUAUUAAAGUUAAUGCUGAAGUUUGGUUUUCCUUAAAGCAUCUUGGCACAAAGUCAGUACUGUUGAGAUUUGUACUGUACAUCCGCGGUCACUUGUAGCCGGUGCAGAAUAAUCGUACUGCCAAGAUUCUUGUAGGAUUUCAGAUGCCACGUCACUAGUCAAUCUAGAAAAGCUUCGAUCUGGUUGAUUCUGUAUCUGUUUACAAAACCUUCAGGGUAUUUCUGGUUGGUUUCGAGUGGCGGCUGAGCCCUCCUCUAGAAACCCCCAUGAAACCCUUUGAUUCCAGUAAUCAGACUUGACUUGUGGGCUGGAGGUGUAAAAAGAUAUCGUGUUACACUGCUGUGGAUGUAAAGAUUCCUCUAAGUGCGGCUGUGAAGGGCUUCAAUUGGUACGAUGUCAAGUGUUUUUUAAAACGGGUCAUAUCAAGGUUCAACUUGAGAUUUCAUACGGAUUAACUUGUGGUCAAAGUACGUGAAGCAGGGGAGACUGAAACGUGAAGUUGACAGACACUUUCUUACACAUAGAUACUGAAAUUAUCUCACUUACAAAAGAACAAAAUGUCAUUUAUCACCAAAAAAGUCCAGAUCCUUGGGUGAAGGUUUCUGGUUGUUUCGAGACUGGGUAGAGACAAAAAAUAAUUCAGCACCUGGAGAUAACAUGUGUCAUGCUUGUUUUGAUCAUAAACAACAAAAACAAUUAAACAACAUAUUGCUUGUUUUAGUUCUAGACUACCUUCUGACAAGUACAGUAAGUCAUUUUUUGUGCUGCAUAGGUUACAAUAAAAAGAGGAUGUGUACAUAUUGGUAGUGAAUCAACCGACUGACAGUCUCUCUCUCUCAGGUUAAUCAAACGUAAUCAAACCUCAUCUGUUUUAUUUAACAGCCACUUUCCCUGGAUGUGAUCGGCCACAGCUCUGACCUACAGGCAGUUUUUGUUUGUGUUUCAUGCCAUAGUAUUUAAAGAAACUGAUCGAAAGAACGCGAUAAACCAACUUUUCAGGAGGUGGUUUUAGUUUUUACGAUGUGUUGCAGUAAAUGGAAAAAGCUCCUCUAUGCCUUGGAAAUGUGAAAGUGAAUAUGACACAAAGUUUGAACUGACCCUAGAUCAGGGCUCUGUUACAUUAAAUCCAGAUAGGUGGGCUGUCUUUUAAAAAAGGCUCAUUGAAAGUAAAAGUAUCUUAAGUUUGAAAAUGAGCCUAAACUUAACCCGUUUAUUUUAAGUCAGUGAGUACUUUUAUUUUAGAAAAUGGUUACAUACCCUCACAAAAUCACAGAUCCUUCUGGUCUUUUCUCUGUGUGUAUAUAUAAGCUGUUGUGGAUUCAUUUUCAUUUCUUGGCCUUUUACACGUAAAACACUUUUUAAACAUGUUAAAAGUAAAACUCCAUGUUUGAGAGUGAGCGUUACAGUCCUGUCCAUAAACGACAAUGAAAGGGAAAACUAAGUCAUUCUGCCUUGUCAGUGUUUUAUUUGUAUGUUACAAAUAAAGGAAAGUUGUUUGACUUUUCAAGAGAU